UCAGUACGGUAGCCGAGGCGGACCAGAGCAGUGCGCAUCUCCUCCCGUCAGUACGGUAUGUGAACGCCGCAGUCCGUCACUCGUGUUUAUCCGCGCGCUGUGCUGCACCUCCGCGCGGCUCUCUGCUCCGACUUGUUUGACCUCAUCGUCGGGGGGAAACGUUUGUGUUUCCUCCUCCUCCUCCUCCUCCUUCCCCAGGUACGGAGCUUCUGUGUUUGUCAGAUCCGCGGUGCGUCUCCGCUUAAUUCUAAGGCCCAGCAUGAACAUCUGUGCGAUGGUGCGCGUCUCUGUGGCCUCUUUCUGCGGCGGCGUGUUUGACUUCAGACGCACGCAGUGAUCGAUCGUUUGAUCUGUAACCAUCUGUCGUCAUUCCUGCUGCGACUUCGGGCCCGUGAAGCACAGCUCCUUCUGCUUUAAGGUGUUAGCAGCAGGGCAGCGGGGGUCUGGAGGGGGGGGGGGGGGGGGGGGUCCUGGUUCAUCAGGUCUUAAACCAUUUGCCGCGUUGAACAGCCCGUAUAAAAGUUUGGGUUAAUGCCGGAUUUCGAGCACUUCCGAUUUUCCUACUUGAGCAUGAAUCCGGUCCUGGGGGAGCAGCAGCACCAUCAGCACCAUCAGCACCAGCAGAUGACCAACGACUCCACCUACCUGGAGCCCGCGUACCCCCUGGGGGACCACGGCGGGUUCAGCCCGGACGGGUUUUUGGACCUUGGAGCCCUGCCGCCCUCCGGCCUCGCCUACAUGCACCGCGGCCCCCCCGCGGCCACGGCGCUGCGCGACGACCUGGGCUCCAACAUCAGCGUGCUGAAGACCCUCAACCUGCGCUUCCGCUGCUUCCUGGCCAAGGUGCACGAGCUGGAGCGCCGGAACAAAGUGCUGGAGAAGCAGCUGCAGCAGGCCGCGGAGGAGCCCGGGGGGGUCGGACGCCACAGGCCGCAGACCAAAGACACGGGGGUCCAGACUGGGUUCGUCGGGCCCAUUCCGGGCAGACCGGGCCACAUUCCGCUCCACAACGCCAACAACUCGGCCUACCUCCCCGGCGGCCUCCUCUCCCCGACCCUGUACCCCCCUCCUCUGUUUGACAACAAGUACCUGGGGGGCCACUUCUACCGGGGCGACACGGAUUCCAACUCCAACCUCACCGCGUGCCCCACCAGCCCGGCCCCGAGCCCCACCGACCCGUCCAGGGCCCUCGCCAACAUCAACGAGAAGUACGCCUCUCACGCCGGGACCAACGCCGCCGCCAGGACGCCGCCCCCCGCCCCCCCGCGAUUCCUCCCCGGCUCCAUCUGGUCCUUCAACCACGCCCGCCGGUUCGGCACCGGGAGGGAGUCGUGCGUCUCCCUGGCGCCCCCGGCCGGCGUUGCGGUGCAGGUCGACACCAUCACGCCGGAGAUCCGUGCGCUGUACAACGUUCUGGCCAAGGUGAAGAGGGAGAGAGACGAGUACAAGCUCAGAUGGGAGGAGGAGUACUCGGCCAGAGUGGACCUGCAGGAGAAGGUGGCUGACCUGGAGGAGGACCUGCAGGAGAGCGAGGACUGCCAGGACGAGCUGGCUCUGAGGGUGAAGCAGCUGAAGGCCGAACUCGUCCUCUUCAAAGGACUCGUCAGCAGCAACCUGUCGGACCUGGACAGUAAGAUCCAGGAGAAGGCCAUGAAGGUGGACAUGGACAUCUGCCGCCGCAUCGACAUCACCGCCCGGCUCUGUGACGUCGCCCAGCAGAGGAACUGCGAGGACAUGAUCCAGAUGUUCCAGCAGGCGGCCACGUCUCCGGCCAGGAGGCCCAACGGCCACGCGGCGAGGGGCGCGGACGGAGACGAGGCCAGCGUGUCCGAAAGCGAGGGGGGCGGGGCCAGAGACGAGGAGUCGUGCAGCACCUCGGCCAAUCAGAUCAACGAGCAGAUGCAGAGGAUGCUGAAUCAGCUGAGGGAGUGUGAGUUUGAGGAUGACUGUGACAGUUUGGCCUGGGAGGAAACUGAGGAAACCCUUUUACUGUGGGAGGACUUCCCUGGAUACCCUCUGGGUGGAGUGGAGACGCAGGGAGAGCUGCAGCAGCAAGAGGAGUCCAUCGAGGAGGUGAUCAAAGACACAGAGUGCCUGUUCAAAUCCAGGGAGAAGGAGUACCAGGAGACCAUCGACCAGAUAGAGCUGGACCUGGCGUUGGCCAAGAGCGACAUGAACCGCCACCUGCACGAGUACAUGGAGAUGUGCUCCAUGAAGAGAGGCCUGGACGUCCAGAUGGAGACGUGCAGGAGGCUCAUCACUCAGAGCGCCGACGGGACGUCGCCUUCGCUGACGCCGGACGACUCCGACGGCGAGGAGAGGACCAAGAAGAAGAAGAAGAAGAAGAGGCAGCAGCAGCAGCAGCCGGCCCUCCCUGCCGAGACGGAGACGAGCGUUUCCCUCUGCGACGCCAACGCCGCCGUCCCACCUCUGACCUGGAGGAAACCCUGACACACACACACACUACGACGCUCUUCUUCUCUUUGGUUCUCAGCAGACUUUCGGUCGACAUCAUUUAGAAACCAGCAGACGUAAAAUCUUAUAUUAAAAAGGAAAUAAUAUUUAAAAGGAAGAGAGAAAUGCUGCUGCCCCCUCUUGGCCAUCGGCUGUCACUGCACCCAAAACAAAACAAAACGUCCCUCUCAGACAUCCGGGCGGUUGGGGGCGGAUUAUUUGCACAUUUCUCGUGUUGACGCCUUCAAGCUGCACGAAGAGUCAGUGACGCACAAAGAGAACGGUUUUCCACGCCAACCGCUCGUUUAAGCGCUUUAUUGUCCCGGGACGCUGGUGUGGUAAGAGUUAGGACUCCUGAAAGUAAAGCAGCCGAGAGUCUGGGAAACAACAAUCUAACACGUCUCCAACCUGCCUUAAAGGGACACGGGGCAGCGUGUGUGGCGUCGUAUCCCGAAUGUGAAGAAGCCUCAUCACAAAUAAAUACACCCUCUUGUCACAAUGGCUUAUUGUCUCCACUUAACUCUAUGAAUGUAUUUAGUCAAAAUAUCUGCUCAUUUGUAGGUGAAGUCAAAGGGUUUAUUUCCAGUUAGCUGUAUUUAACUGUUUAUUAGAAGCAGAUCUCACUGAAGGUCCUGAAAUAGAUGCUGCUGACGCCUUUUGGGUAAUAAAAUCUAUCGUGACAGUUGCAUUGAUGUGGGCUGUGAUGAUGGUUAUUCUCACUUAUUUUUCUAUUCAAUGGAAAAGGUAAUAAGAUGCAUGUUGGGCUUUUCAUGCUUAAAUAUUGCUUUUUCUGUUCAUGAGAGUUUAACUUGCUAUAAUUUACUUUUGAGAAGUUGAAGAGCUGCACAGCUGAAGCGUAUUUUUGUCUCCAAAUUAAAAAAUCAAAGGUAUUUAUACGGCAUCACUCCCGAGCUGACGUUAGCAUCAAUGCUAACAGCUACCACUGUCCUACCUUCUAUUGCAGAAACUUCAGAAAGGACUUUGGGACAGUUGACAACAGAAACUUAAGGGAUUUUAUUUUACUAAAGUGAAAACCUAUUUUAAGUAUGUACAGUUUUAAAGGCUACAUCUUGUGUGUAAUGUACAUAAACAGCUGUGUAUAAUGCCGUGAUGUCGAUUGCUUUAUACAUUUUUACCAUAAAUGCUGUGGCUAUUAAUUCAAAGAAUAAACAAGUGUACGUUGGUGAUUAAAAGCCUCGUCCUCCACAGAAAUA